GGGCUCCUUUGUACCAUUCCCUGCUCACCGCACCAUUUCUCCUUCGUUAUCUUCAUGGAGACGACCACAAUCUCUUCGAACGGAGAAGGCGAGGUAAAAGAUGAUAUUCAAGGCUUGGUUGCAAGCUUUCCUAGUGAGAAAAACUGGGAUGGAUGUCCCCUUUAUUUCUAUAAAGGGGUCUGGUAUCCAUUUUUCUCCAUUAGAGGGGCUCUUUCCUUUCAACAACAUUUCAUUGCACAGGACACAGAUAUAAUACUAGCGAGCAUGCCAAAAUCAGGCACCACCUGGUUAAAAGCUCUCACGUUCUCUGUGGUAAACCGCAACAUUUACAGUCCCAAAGAGACUCCCUUACUCACUACCCCACCUCAUGAACUCGUUCGUUUCUUUGAGAUGGACCUUUACUCAAAAAAACAGCUCCCAGAUCUCAAACAACUUCCUUCCCCAAGGAUUUUCAGUUCUCACUCCCAUUACGGAACCUUGCCACAGUCCAUUAGAGAUUCUGGUUGCAAGAUUGUUUACAUAUGCAGGAAUCCUUUGGAUCAAGUUGUCUCUUAUUUUGAUUUUGCUCGCAAGUUCAAACGAGAGAAUGUCAAGCCUUUAUCAUCGAUCGAUGAAGGUUUCGACAACGUUUGUCUUGGUAUCCAGAGUUAUGGACCCUUUUGGGAUAGCGUGUUGGGGUACUGGAAAGCAAGUUUGGAAAGACCAGGCAAGGUGCUGUUUUUGAAAUAUGAAGACUUGAAAGAGGAUAUAACUUUUAACUUGAAGAAACUAGCAGAGUUCCUGGGAUUGCCUUUCUCUGAGAAAGAAGAGAAAGAAGGUGUCAUUGAAGAAAUAUCAAAGCUGUGCAGCUUUGACAAUCUCAAGGAUUUGGAAGUGAACAGAACUGGUUUCUUUGAAAGCGCUGGAGCUCCAAACAGUACCUUCUUUAGGAAAGCAAAGGUGGGAGAUUGGUGCACUGUUCUAAGUCCUUCCAUGGCAGAAUGUUUUUUGAAGAUAGUGGAAGAAAAGUUGGCUGACUCUGGCUUAUCCUUCAAAGUAUCUGAAUAAUCUCGCAAGCUGCUUAGUGACCUCUCGCAACUUUUGCUGAUUCUGCUCCUUGCUUCUUUGUCAUUCAUUAUGUAUUUUCCUUUUCUUUUUCUGCUCUGAAAAUAAUCCUUCUGGGGAAAAGGGUGCGGUUAAUUAGCUCACUUGUGGGGGAUCGAAUUGCUUUCUUUUUAUAGCUUUGAAUAAA